AUGCGCCAUCUGUGGAAGAGGUUGACAUUAGCCCUGUGGCACCCCGCUCUGCAUUUCAUGCAACAUACCUUGGGAAGCUCCGGAUUGGCUAUCGCUGGAUACGGCGUAUUGGUGAAGCUUCGCUUCGGAUCUCGGCGUCUGAAGAGGUUGAAGAGGAUGAAGAAUGCUGAGCAGGUCGACUGGAAGACACCUGGUGAUCAGCUCCUCUUUAAGCACUGCGAGGACCCGAUGUCCCCCACACACUUGACUUUCUCAAAAGAGGCCUGA